AUGGCGGCGACGAUGGCAAUGACUGGGACGGCGGCGGGUCCGAGCCUCGGGCUGGCGGGCGGCUGCCCGGACUGGACCCACCAGGCGGAGAGCACCGGGACCACCAUCAUGGCCGUGGAGUUCGAGGGCGGCGUGGUCAUCGGGGCGGACUCCCGCACCACCACCGGGUCCUACAUCGCCAACCGCGUGACGGACAAGCUGACCCAGAUCCACGACCGCAUUUUCUGCUGCCGCUCCGGCUCCGCCGCCGACACCCAGGCCAUCGCCGACGCCGUCGCCUACCAGCUGGGCUUCCACAGCAUUGAGCUGGACCAGCAGCCCCUGGUGCACACGGCGGCCAACCUUUUCAAGGAGAUGUGUUAUCGGUACCGUGAGGACCUGACGGCCGGGAUCCUGGUGGCUGGCUGGGACCGGCGCAAGGGUGGACAGGUGUAUUCUGUCCCCAUGGGGGGCAUGAUGGUUCGCCAGCCCUUUUCCAUUGGGGGCUCCGGCAGUUCCUACAUCUACGGCUUUGUGGAUGUUUCUUACAAGCCCGGAAUGAGUAAGGAGGAGUGCCUGACUUUCACAGCCAAUGCACUUGCCCUGGCCAUGGAUCGCGACGGCUCGAGUGGUGGGGUGAUCCGUCUGGCUGCCAUCACCAAGGACGGUGUGGAGCGCAAGGUCAUUCUUGGCAAUGAACUGCCCCGGUUUUCCUCCGUCUGAGAUGGAUGGG